AUGGCCGGUCUCGGGAAGGCAGUCGAUGCCGGCGCGGCCAAGAAGGCGACGUCGAGGAUCUCCAAGGCCGGGCUACAGUUUUUCCUCGGCAGGAUCGCCAGAUUCCUCAAGGCCGGCAAGUACACAAGUUUCUCGGCGCACGAGUACCUCGCCACUGAGGUACUGGAACUGGCCGGCAACACUGCCAGGCACAACAACAAGACCCGUAUCAUGCCCCGCCACAUUCAGCUCGCCAUGCGCAAUGAUGCUGAGCUGACCAAGUUGCUCGGCGGUGCCACCUGUAGCUGUAGGUGUGGCUCUCGCCGCGUGGAUACAUUUCAGAGCUGCAACAUCCUUCCAAGUAAUGUCUCCUCGCUCUUGUCCUUCUCGCUAUCAUACUCCGAUAGGUGUGAGUGA